GGAGCGUCGCGAAGCAUCCGUCUACCUGCGUUCAAAUUCAGCCAUACCCAGCACUUUUGCGACUUUAUGUUGUUUUUCUGUGGACCGCUCUGUGUUCAUCAGUACAAAAACGCUUUUUGAUGAGGACUGCCCAUGCAAAUCUGCUACACAUAAUAGAGGAAAACGGCCGAUCAGAUUUUCGAGCGACAAGUGAAGAGCAUCGGUUUCCUGCGCCAAGAAGAGGCAAGAAGACAUGGUCAAUCCAGUAAACCGUUGGUGAGGGGAACCGUGCAGCUUGGGGCUCUGCUCACCCAUCCUGCUGAGCCAGCGUCUUUCGCGCCAGCAAGCAGGGAGGGGAGGAAGGAUGCUCUUCGAUCUUCACUGUGCCUGCGCCUGGAGCCGCUGAGCUGAGCUGACUGACGGAGGAACCCGGAGCGAGCAGGAAGCCGUCCCGUCCCGUCCGCCACCAUGUCCCACCACCAACACCUCCACCACCACCACCACCCGCGCAGCCAGCAGGGUCGGGCCAUGAGUGCAGAGGAGCGCAGCGGCACGCCGGUCCACAAGACCUCCACGCCCACCCACAAGAGCGCCUCCUCUUCCUCCUCCUCGCAGAGAGACAGCCGGCAGGAAGCAGACAGCUGGGAAAUAAUUGAAGGACUGAAAAUCGGGCAGACGAACGUCCAGCGGCCCGACAAGCACGAGGGCUUCAUGCUGAAGAAGAGAAAAUGGCCGCUGAAAGGCUGGCACAAGCGUUUUUUCGUUCUGGACAAUGGCAUCCUGAAAUACUCCAAGUCCCCCAUAGAUGUAAGUAAUGCCUCUCUUGCACAGAGAGAAGGGGCCAGGGCUCUGAUCCAGAAAGGCAAACUGCAUGGCAGUAUUGACGUGGGGCUGUCAGUGAUGUCCAUUAAGAAGAGAGCUCGACGCAUCGACCUGGACACGGAGGAGCACAUCUACCAUCUGAAGGUCAAGUCCCAGGAAGUGUUUGAUGCCUGGGUGUCCAAGUUACGCCACCACCGGCUGUACCGCCAGAAUGAGAUUGUGCGCUCCCCUCGCGACGCCAGCAUCCGCACCUUCCCCCCACCUGCCGCGCCACCCCUCGACUCCCCCCAGCCCGCCACACCACCCGUCCUCGAAGUCAAACAGCAACAGCCCAAGCCCAGCACGCUGCCAUGGCAACCGCCGGUGUCCAGCAGCAGCAGCCUGCCGGCCUCCUACAGCAACGGCCAGAGCAAGGUGGCCGCCUGGCUACAGGAGUCGGAGGAGAUGGACAAGUGUGCAGAGGAGCUGGCUCACUGCCAGUCCAGCCUCAUAGAGCUGAGCAGGCUGCUGCAGAGUCUGGAGAUCCUGCAGAGGACCCAGUCGGCCCCCAACUUCACAGAGAUGCAGACCAAUUGUUUAGAUUUAUCAAAGAAAGACAAGCGCGUGAGCAGAAGAUGGAGAACAAAAAGUGUCAGCAAAGAUGCAAAAAUGCAACUGCAGGUCCACUCAUUAUCCCAAGCCAGAAGGGCAAAAGUGCCUAUCAGUGCCAGCAUGUCUCCUGUGCGCCUGCACUCGUCCAACCCCAACUUGUGUGCUGAGCUGGCGGACUUCCAGAACCCCGUCACCCGCCUGGCGGACUGCAUGGAGGGGGCCGGAGACUACAUCAAACUGCAGGAGGACUUCUGCCUCAUCGCCCAGAAAGUCCACUCGCUCCUGAAGUCGGCCUUCAACACGGUGGCCAUUGAGAAGGAGAAGAUCAAGCAGGCGCUGUCAGAGCAGGAGCAGCCGGCCCAGUCGGCACAGAUCGUCACCCUCAGACGCUCCUUGUCACAGGCCCUGUCGCAAAACGCUGAGUUGCGAACUCGUUUGAGCCGGAUUCACUCAGAGUCUGUGCUGUCCGACCAGGUGGUCAGUGUCAACAUCAUCCCCAGCCCUGAUGAGGCGGAGCAGAUGGUGGUUGGGAUCCCGCUCACACAACAAGCCUCAAACGAGAGUCGGCUGUCCAUGUCAGAGUCCGUGUCAGAAUUCUUCGAUGCCCAGGAAGUGCUUCUGUCAGCGAGCUCGUCGGAGAACGAGGCAUCCGAUGAUGAGUCAUACGUCAGCGAUGUGAGUGAUAACAUCUCGGAGGACAACGCCAGCGUCAAUGACAACGUCUCCAGACAAAUGCCCAAUGGCGACCUGGCGUGCGGUGCCUUUCGUAAUGGACGCCGCACGUGCCUGCCUGCGCCUUCACCGGACACCAGCAACAUCAACCUGUGGAACAUCCUGCGCAACAACAUCGGCAAGGACCUGUCCAAGGUCUCCAUGCCCGUGGAGCUCAACGAGCCGCUCAACACGCUGCAGCACAUGUGCGAAGAGCUCGAGUACUCCGAGCUGCUGGACAAGGCCGCCGACACGGACGACCCCCACGAACGCAUGGUCCUUGUCGCUGCCUUUGCGGUUUCGGGAUACUCGGCCACGUACUACAGAGCUGGAAGCAAGCCAUUCAACCCUUUACUCGGAGAGACGUACGAAUGUAUCCGGGAGGACAAGGGCUUCUGUUUUUUCUCGGAGCAGGUGAGCCACCAUCCACCAAUUUCAGCUUGUCACUGUGAAUCCAAAAAGUUCACCUUCUGGCAAGAUGUCAGAUGGAAGAACAAGUUUUGGGGAAAAUCCAUGGAAAUCCUUCCGAUUGGAACAGUGAACGUCAUGCUGCCAAGCUAUGGCGACCAUUACGAGUGGAACAAAGUCACCACCUGUGUCCACAACAUCCUGAGCGGCCGGAGGUGGAUCGAGCACUACGGGGAGAUCACCCUCCGCAAUACCAAGAGCAGCGCCUGCAUCUGCAAGCUGACCUUUGUCAAGGGGAACUACUGGAGCUCCAACGUGAACGAGGUGCAGGGCUUCGUGAUGGACCAGGAGGGCAAGGUGGUGCACAGGCUGUUUGGCAAGUGGCACGAGGGGCUGUACUGCGGAGUGCCACCCUCGGCCAAGUGCGUCUGGCGCCCAGGCUCCAUGCCCACGGACUACGAGCUCUACUACGGCUUCAGCCGCUUCGCCAUCGAGUUGAACGAGCUGUGCCCCGAGAUGAAGGACCUGCUGCCCCCCACCGACGCCCGCUUUAGGCCCGAUCAGAGGUUCCUGGAGGAGGGCAACGUGGACAUGGCGGCGGCUGAGAAGCAGCGCAUCGAGGACCUGCAGAGGAGCCGCAGGAAGUGGAACGACGAGAACAACGUCAAGUACCUGCCUCGCUUCUUCAAAAAAGUUGUGGACGCCAACCAGAGAGAGAGAUGGGUGUCCAACAACACGUACUGGGAAGUCCGCAAAGACCCUGGCUUCAUCAAGAUGGAGAACCUUGAACUGUGGUAGCACCCGGACGGAUGCCUUCCCCCCCUGCGCUCAACAUAUCAUCAUCGCUGACGAAAAGAAGCUUUACCUAUGCACAAUGACGUGGAGAGCUACGAUCUCCUAUGUCCUAUGCUACAUGCAUAAAACAUGUGGUGUCGGACCGCAGAACUGAGCGAUAUCUUAAAAACCACAGCCACUGGCGCUGCAGCACCCCAAUAGCAUUUUACACAGUCAUGCAGACUGGUCUACAAAACUAAUAACAUGCCAGUAUGAGGGUUGUCAGAGCAGCCAGUCUAACAAGACCACCACGUACAGUAGACCCAACCCUCCCGAGACCAUUGUCAGGCUUUUGAAUAUUUCCUUGCCUUAAAGAGAAAGAACACAAAAUACUUAUUAUGACAAGAGUUUGCUUCCUACCACCGCAGCCAUUUUUAGCUUUCCAUAGGACAGAUCUCUUGGUUUGUUACCAGUGCUAUGGGUUAGAACCGUGUUUGAGGUUAGGCCUCUGUGAACUACUAUACAGUACAAUACUAUAUCAUGCAUGUUUAGAAGGCAGCUUCCAUUGGCAUCAUGCUGAAAUUGACUUGUCACCUCAUUUGUAGACUGAAAAAGAAAAGUAGUGGUAUUUUUUAUAUAAAAAAGAAAAGAAACACAAAAAUAAUUACAAAAAAAACACACACAAAGAAAAGAAAACGAUACAACGUAGGUAUCCAGUAGACGUGUUAUCACCCACAGGCUUUACUGAGCCUUGUCCAUGCACUUCUAUCAUCGCUGUUACUCUCUUGGAAUUAAUGUUGCUGUUGAUCUGAUUGGUGAGGAUGUGAAAGGUCUGGUGACCUGUCUACUGUAAAUUCUGUAGGGAGCGGAAUACUUGGCCAUUAUGACCAUAGAUGUGUGAUGACACCCUGCCCUGCUCUCUGAUUGGACAGAGACAUUGACCAUGAUCUGGUCCGUUUCUGAGCAAAGUUUCCAUACUGUCUUUCAGAUUGGAACGAUUGUGUAGAACUAAAUGCAGUACGGGAGUUCCCGGGCUAGUGAAAGUGGCCCGUGGUCAUGUGUGCCCAGUGCUGGAGUUACCCACCAGAGUUCUCAAUCUCUGCGUCAAAAAGUAAAAACCCCAGCCAUUUAUCCCCUCUGCUUGUGCACUUACAGUAUGACACAGGUGAUUUCCCAAGGUACAGUAGCCAAUCUAGGUGUCUUGGGCAUGACACGUGUGUGCAGUACAAAUAGCUGGUCAGUUAAUGUUUAGGUCAAAUAUUAUUUAUGACAGCAGGGUUUUUACAUUUUGAGGUUGGGCUUUGGGACACCUGUCCCAAUGGGGUUCCCAGAGAUUCAGAAAAGGGAUUUUGCUGGACUGAUCUGAGAGAUGAUGCACAUACAGUGCUUUCCAGCAUUCCAGCGUUAGUGCUAGAAUCGCAGAACAUUAGGACUAUUCAUUUUUACUUUUUUUUUUUGCUGUUUGUUGUCAGAAAUGCUCUCGGAGUUACGCUUUAUAUUUUGAUGCUUUCUAACUAACUAAUGGGUGGUGUUAAACUGAAUAUGCCUCCCGCCCUUUGCAUAGCCUCAGAUCUUUGUGUGAUUUUAAGAUCUUAACAAGAUAUGAAUCUCAUUUCGAGCAUCGUAAAAUUCUGUUCGGUCAUUUAUUGGUCUUCAAUACAGUAAGGUCAUAUUGUAAAAAAAGUUGUCUGGCAAUUUCUGGAUGUAAGUAUAGGUGUUGAAGUUGUCAGUUCAAUUCAAGCUUUAAGAAUCUUAAUGCAGCUCACUACCCGGACACAAUUAUGUUACACUGCAUCCCUCUGCUGGCGAAACAGAACAAAACCACAUGAUGCAAGAUGUGUCCAAGCACACUGUACUACUGACUCAGUGCAGUACCAGAAAGGAGGGAAGACUUUUGUUUUUUUGUUUUUACAAAAAAAAUAUAAGAAUUUACAACCUUAAAAGCCAAAGAACAAAGAAUACUCAAAACAGAAUAACAGAAAUGGUUAUGUUGAAUGUUAGAUAACAUGGGAGUUUCCAGGAGAGUUUAUCGCCAUGAUAAAAGGUGUUACCAAACGUACCACUGUACAGGAUGAAAGAUCUCUUCAUCUUCAUCACCAUCGUCAUCAUCAUCAUCACUGCCUUGCCUUUUCCUUUCCCCAUUCCAUGUUGUUGUUGUCUGCCUCCUAUAUUACUAUGUUUCUGCUCUUGCUCAACAGCCAUUGGCAGCUGGGCUGUACAUUACCGAACCAUUCCUUAAGAAUUCUCACACAUGCCUGGGCAAGUUGCUCAGUUUGACACAGGCUGGGCGAAAUGCACCCAUCUAAGAAAGCGAUGUAAACAAGAUUUUCUUUUAUUAUUAUUAUUAUUACUAUUAUGAUUAUUUAUGCUGCAGACGUGUGUGCGUUGUUACAGACCAUCUUGUGUCCUGUAGAAUGUGCUCUCCUUAAGCUGAAUACACCAUACACUAGUAGAGAAGUAGCCUGGUGUGUUGAAGUGACAUCCCACCAUUCAUGGAAAUAAGCUGAUUUCCCACCUCCCCUUCAGAUAAAUAAUUCUCCGGUUCUUCUAGCUGUUCUCUGACUCUGGUGAUAUUGCUUUUUGUUUGAUUCAAUGAUGUAUGCUGGCUUGGAGGUAGCAUUUGCAUCACCAGAGUUAAAGAACAGGGAAAUGGUUAAACUCACUCAUUUAACUAAAUGGGAGUUGGAAAAUGAGCUUAUCUCCAGAAAUAAUGGAAUGUGGCUUUAAGCACUCAAUUCCAACAGCUUCACAACACAGUGUGUCUCGCUCACUGUGCUAUGAUAUAUUAUAUUCCCUGCAUCAGCUCAACUUGCUGUGCCUUAACACAUUUUUCUGAACAGUCUUGACCACACAAUAUCAUGACUAUAAUAACAAGAGUUUUACUUUCUCAGCUAACACUACCGCAUAUAUUAUAGUAUAUAGCUUUUCCGCUUUUCAAUUCAAUUCACCGUCGUCUGAAAUACUGAGAUGAACAAAGCUGGACUUGAACUCUCUUUGCCCCCAAAAUGACAGAUAUCACAGUAACACAAAUCCUCCCAGUAGUGCAGCCACCGUUCAUACAGUAGGUUUUGAACCACUUUCCUUGCGAACUGAAAGGGACCUCCGGCCUAUUCCAUCCAGUGUACUUAUAUUUGUGUAAGUGUAUGUACUUAAUCACUGAGUACAUAAGAGACAGCUAACUGUCUAUGUUACUGUACUCAUCACUCUGUAAUGUUCUUUUUUUUAUUUGUGUGUGUGUUCUGGCUCUCCAUGGAGUCAGUACACAGAUUACUGGCUGUCAGUAGUCACGAUAAUGUCUAGAAAAAUCAGGGUGUUUUGCCAUUUAGUGGCAUUAGUCUUGGCGCAGGAUGGUGUGGCCGUGGUAACAUAUUUAUUGGAGUUCAGUUGAACCGCUGUAAUAAACACUUUAUAGGAUGGUUAAAUGUUGGUGCCCAGAUCAAAAAAAAUCUAUUUUGAAACAUUUUAGCAUCAUAGUUUCCUGUAUCUGACAUCUGAAAAUUCCUAAUGCAGUUGUUCUUGGUUUACUUAGAGCUAUGCUAUGGGAUUUUGAGUCUCGUUAAAAAGACAUCUAUCUACUAUUUCUUAUAUCUGCAUGUGUUAAAAAAAAGACAUAGCCUGCCAAUGAAUGUUGUAAAUGCCUUACUGAAUAAUUUGAAUUUUUGUUUUAUUGUUUUGCCUUUAAUAAGGCGUUUUCAAGUUUUUUUUUUCCCUCCCCUCCCCAGGCUUGCACCACUGUGUGUUGUGCUGGGCUACCAUCUUAGUUACAUCAUUUCCUCUAACGAUGGGUUCCCUCUGAAGAAGUGCAAUUGUACAAGAACAUAUCUUUCCAUCGACACUGUACACUGCUGCUACAUAGUGCUUGUUCUACUAUAAAAGACGACUAUAGAAAACAAAGAAGGCCUCCUGUUGUUGUAUUGGAGAGCACACACAGACCAUGUUUCAAAGCUACUGUAUUAAAAACUAUAGAUCACUAUUCAAAGCCAGAGUAGGCUUACCGUACCUCACCUUU